CUUUGAUCGAGCUAGCUUCAAACGUGUUUCAACAUCACAGGCGCUCGCGGUCGGACAAUGCCAAUGCAAUGUAGAUUUUUAUCGUGAACAAGCUGACACAGAUCGAUAUUUGAAUUUCUAGAAAGCCUUGUUUUAUUUCGUAUAACACGACGAGUACAAAACCUAAACCUUUCUAAAAAUCCAUUUACACACGUCGUCGACCAUCGGACUGAGCACGCCAUGUCCAUGGUCGCGAACAUGGUCUCUUCGAGCACCGCAGCUGGCACCCCGGCCCACCUGGCGGAUGAGGAGUUUCUGACCCGUUUGCAGCAAAAGGCCUGCUAUGGCGGGGAACAGGAGCUGUACCAGACCAUCCUCGCCACCCUUGCGGGGCUGGCCGACUCGAUCCGGGAACGCGGCUUGACCCCCUGCCCCGCGAGCUACCUGGCGCACGCCUCGCAGUUACUGAAGGAGGAGAGCAGCGGGGACCGAAGCUGGUCGGUGUUGAAGUGCCUGCUGCACAUUGUCAAACUCACGCUCGCCGAGGUCACCGUGGGGAUGCUAUUGAAAGGAAAAAUCCCCCCUCCCCUUAUUGAAAAGGUAUGACAUCGAAAAUUUGUAAUGCUGAUUUGAGGUCACAAAUCAUAUAUUGCAAGAAGACAAGGGCAGGAGCUUUCGCCCCAUUAUGGAGGCGAUUUGUCAUGCUGCUGGGCCUAAAGGGGAGCCGUUUGCCAUGCUGAGCAACUAGACACAUACGCCCCUAUCUAGCCUGGAGAUCUGCCCGCAAUGCCUCUCUGCAAUACAAAGCUGAUUUGUGUACGCAAAUCCAGCAUCGGAAACUUCCUUUUGAUAUGGGGAGGGGGGAUUUUUCCUUUUGAUAGAUGCAGGCCAGUGUCGCGCCGGAGCUGAGUCGCGCGCUGUUUGCCCUCGCGGACGCGGUCAAGUGCUCGCUCACCGCCGGGUCUAGCGGGGAAAACGGUCAUAAUAUCCUCGGUAACGCAGAUCAUAAUGUCGACAUGGAAAUAAAUAACAGCCAACAACCGCCCGAGCAGACCCUGCAGAGAAAGCAGUUCCAGGAGGAGGCGUCCACGAUUCUGAAGCUGAUUUUCGACAUUCUAGCGGUUUUGAUCACCUGCAGCACGCAGGGAACGCAGAAGGAGGCGCUGCACUUCUGCUGGCAGUACACGCUCGGGAUGAGUUCUUGUAGUGGUACAGCCACGACGUCGAUGAAUGAUAAUGUCGAGAGUUCUUGUGUUGACACACAAUACAGCACUCUAUACUCGGCCCAGGUUGCGAAAAAGGCACAGCAGGUGUUUCUGACCAAGUUGCAAACUGCUGCUAGCGGCUCCGCUUCCGCCCUGCUCGUGAUGCGGGUGCGACAGACGGUGAGGAAGGUGCUGCAGGACUAUUUGACUUGUUCGAUGAACACGAAUAAUACUGCGUCGUCAACAGGGAAGAGGUUGAGCCAAGACGACGACAUGAAUUCCUCAACGGCAUCUUCAAAUCCGGAGCAGGUGGCGAAAAACUUGGUGAUGUUUGUCACGCGGUGUCUGCCGCACGUACACGAGGUGAAGCACUUGCGAGAACUCGCGCAGUACAUGUUUGACCUCGCGCUCCAGAUCCCGGGGUCUGCACUCCCGGCGCAAAUCUACAACACUUUUUUUCGCGCACUGUUGAAGGAUUGCUACAAGGAACUCGUCGUGCCAAACACGGGUACUAACGUCGAGAUGAACAUGAUCCCUGAGGACGGCCAACAAGGCAGACAGUCAGGGACCACUAGCUGCGCUCCCAUACAACCACUUCCUCGCAGAGAGCUACUAAACUUUUUGCUGCAGAAGUUCCGGCAAGUGAAGCCCGCGCCGGAGUUCACGAACAACAGCGAACAGGUGGUAGCUGUGGUGAAAGCACUCACUUGGUUGCAGUUGUGCUGCUUCGAGGAGUACAGCGCAUCGUCCUCCCCGUGCAACGGGAAGAUGCAGGGCACGACAUCAACUUCGUCCCCCGAUUUAUUUCACGACGAUGUUCUCGCUCCGUUUAAGCAGUUGGUCGCGGACUACAGUACCGAAGACGAAACCAUCAUGCGGUGCUUGUUCGACAUCGUCGCGGCCGUCCCAAAUCUGAAAAUCUGGUGUCUGCUUGCUUCCUUUUUGACCACCAAACUGCGAGGUGGGGACGUCGAAGUAGUAGAUACAGUGUCGAAACAAGGUCUUUUUGCAGGGAGCAAAAGUGCAGCCAGCUCUAGUGCUUCCUCCGGUAGUACAACGUCAGGUGGAGGUCCAUCAACCGCGCCCAUCAUCCGUGCCCCGGAGCUGCUCCUCACCUCCGAAUUGUUCGCCGUGCUCGCAAAAUUGAUGGCGGAAGGAGUGAUCGCCACGUCGGAUUUCACAGAACAAGAGUCAAAACUGGUUUUGAACCUCCUGAGAGCCAUCGCGAACCUGUACGACACUAUUUCCGAGCCGCAGUUUCGGCAGCUCGCGGACGAAUUCCACGAUUGUUUGCGGAACAUCGCUAUCCUGUGCAAAAGUAUCGUACUCGUAUUGCACUCAUGCAUUACAAAUCCUUUUGCUAAGGUCAAUCCGCAUUACAAAUUUUAUUUCUCAUGCUGAGGAAAUUUGUAAUGCAUUUAUACGAAUACGAUACUUUUGCAGUUCAUAAUCGCCACCGCGGUCGGGCCGGAGAAGCUGUUGGAAGUGUUGCCCUUGCGCCUGCUCGAAGCGAACAUCCUGGCCCCGGACUACGCGCGGAAGUCGCGGGGGUUUCUGCUCACCGUGCUCGAGGACUUUGCCACCCCGAUGGUACCCGCGUCGCUGGAUUUUUUUCGGACGCAGCUCCUCCCCCUAGCGGACGAGCUGGAAAGCCGGGCGGUCAAGGCGGAGAGCCAGAACAAGCAGCUGCUCGCGAAAGAGUGCAAGCUGCUGUCGAAAAAGCUGUGGUCGCUGGCGCCCGGAUUCUUCAAAUCCUGCCACGAUUUCUCGGACACGUUCUUGAAAUCGGGCGGGGCCUUGGCGAAGCGGGUGUGCAUGACUCUGACGAAACGCCCGGAUUUGCGCGACAGUUGCAGCAAGGCGGUGUUUAACAUAUGCUCGGUGAGUAGUUCCUCCUCGUCUUCUUGUGGAGCAUCCGAUGAAAGAAGUAGUAGCGCCACGGUUAUUAAAAACACCACGAGCAUGACCGGAAGGUCUGAGCAGGUCCGCGCGCGAGAUCAGCAAACGUUGUCCAAGUUGGCGCCGAAAAUCAUCCCGGAGAUGUUCCAGUGCUUUUUGCAAAUUCACAAGGAACUCAGUUACGACGCCUCCGCGCGGUCGCGGUCCUCCGCUUUGUUGGGACAGGCCAUUCAGGCGUACAGCGGAGUUUUACGCCCGGACUCCGUGGCCACGUUGUUUGGCCAAGCGGCAGAACGGAUGCUGAAGACCAACCAGGAACUGGCCAACUGCUACGCGGAGUUGAGCGGAUCAAGUAGUAAUAGGUCCACCUCGGACAACAACAACAUCUUCAAUCCGCAGCAAGCUGCGAACACAACAACAACCGCACAGCUUUUGCAAAAGCGUACGCUGCUGGAGAACGAACUGGCGUACGUUUGCGAGCUGUGCGCCCUGCUGGUCCCGAACCUGCCGACGGACAAACUGGAAGUUGCGCUGAAGGCCUUCGAGACCACCAUGGGGUUGGAGUCGGGGCGCCGGGCCGCGGGGUCCGUGCAGCGGGCGUGUUACAAGGGGGUGAAGUGCGUGUUCGAACACCGAAUGGUGGAAGAAGUGUCGGAGAAUAUGCUGGACAAGUACUGGAGCAUUCUGAACAGCAGCCGCCUGGCCACCGAGGAGGGCGCCUUCAAGAGUCGACUGAAGGCGAUCCUGAGCUUUCUGAAAAUGAUCUUUCAGGAGGAAGAGGAGGACGAGGACGACUUUUCAACAGCUGAGGACUCAUCCGACGAGUCGCAUGAGGAGGACGGCAGCAAGAAGGCGGGUCUCGAGGACCAUUCAACAGCAAAAUCAAGUGCCAAAAAGGUCAUCUUCGUCUCGCCCGAAGUGCAGAAGAACUUCCUGCAAGUACAACUCAACGGGGACAGCAAGCAGUCGUUUCUGAUCUCCGAGCUGCUUUCCUACACCGUGGGAAAGAACAAGCAGGUGCGGAUCCUGUCCGAGGAGGCGCUGUUCAAGAUCUACCGGGCGUGCCUGCAGAACGACCUGGGCAUGCCCUUGAUCGGCGCCCUGGGCGCGGACCUGACGUCGUCCGAUGUCGCCACCCGGGCGCAAAGCGUGGAGGCCCUGGCCAAGCUGUUGUACGAGCACGCGGAGGACAUGGAGGACGACAUUCUGGAGCAGAUCUGCGAGGUGGUCUUCAUUCUGCUGCGGGACAAGGACAAGCAGGUGUUCAAGUCCGUGUUGAAAUUCGCAAAGGUGAUGACCUACGUGGCGCCCGUGAGUGUGUUGAAACGGCGGACGAUCUUCUACCAGGACGGGAAAAAUCCGGUGGCGGCCCUGACGAGCUCGUUCCUGCACGACAUCUACUCGAACCCGAAUUCGGAAAGCUGCAACCUGCUGAAGCGACGGAUCGUGGAGAAACUGCUGAAGCGGUUGUGCUACAUGUCGGCGGAAGAAGACCUGGACGAGGAGGACGAGGACGAGGAGGUGGACCUUGAAACUUUCCGAAAGGUACGAACUUAAAAAUAAUGCAAAGAUGUGGUUUCAAUAUGUUCGGCUUCGUAGGUUUGAGUUGAUGUUGUGAUGAAUCGAUGUUUUUUUUGUUGUAGAAGCAAGCCCUAUAUUAAAGACCGGUUUGACUUUGAUGAAAUGGAAUUCAUUGUAAGCGUUCAAAAAACCCCUCUACACGACCCACUUCCAGUCCUUCCCGCAUAAGCACCUGCCCCAGCUGGACUACGUGCUCAAGGGUCUGGAGAAGCGGGCGCGGAAGAAUUUGCAGGCGCGCGAGGAGGAAAAGACGGAGCAGGUGAAGAAGUCGUAUUUGCAAUUUUUUAAGGACGACGACGAAGCUGCGGACGCAACGACGAACGACAAAGCCGGUAGGAAUAUGACCAAAUCUUCUAGUUCAUCCGGGAAGAAGAGGCGACAGAGGGGCGGGGAAAUUGACGACGAGGACGAUGUGGAUAUGAUGGGGGAAGACGCCCCUGACGCGGUGUCUUCCCUGCUUGACAAGUGGGAAAACCAAGGCGACAACGAUGGGUUCGAGUCGGGAAACCGCAAACGCGCCAGACGGCUGCACAAGGAAACAGCAUCUGCGACCGACUGCACGAAGACCAGUAUUUUCAGUGCGGGGAAAGAUUCCAUUUUCCGGAAGAAUUGCCAGCUACCGAGCUUCACGCAGGACGGGGUUCUGGACUUGUCGGACCUGCGAUCGUUGGCGCACAAUUUGUUCACAACCACAGCUUCCGCGAGCAGCAGUGGCGCUGCCGGUGCCGGAGCCGCGAAGCCGGGAUCCGCUUUGGGGAGGAAAAAGGGCGACAGUUCAACGGCCGACUCGUCCAAGAACGACGACCGGGGCGUCAGCUUCCGACCCGACGGGAAAAUGCUCGUGGCGGAAGAACCCAGUGACAGCGACGGGGAAGACGACGGCGGGGCAGGACACAAAAAGGUAUUGACUGUGAGGUUUUUGUCUUUGUGUUUGUGUACUUUUCUGAAGGUGGUAUUUUUUUUCCGGCGUUCACUUCCUUCCUGCUGCUUCUGCUGUGUAAAGAAAAACUUACAACGUUUUUUCACGCCCAUUCGAGACGAGAACCAAAGCUGCAUCAUGAAAUCCUUGAUAUUCUCCUCAAUCAACCACCUCCUCCAGGACACGCCCAAGAAGGGUCUCGCAGUGCUGAAAGCGCAACGCGAGAAGCGCUUGCUGAAGAAAUUGGUGCAGAAGCGCGACAAGAAGCAGCACACCGUCCGCGGCGUAACCCACUACGCGCCAACGAAGGGCAAGGCCCGGGGAGACGCGAAACCGCGGGGAGCACAGGUAGCACUCUUAGCUUGUGUUUUCUUUUGUUGUAUAAGACGGAUUUAUUUAGUUUUGAUUUUCCUGUCGCGACAAUGUGGAAAAAACUCAUCUCACUCCGUAGUAUUGUUGCUUGACAGUACAGAGUUGUACUUGAUGGUUUACGAAUCGAAAUUGGCAAACGAACAACAUAAACAAUAGGAAUACUGGAAUGGUUUGAUCGGCAUGGAACCACUCACAACAAUUCACUGCAAAAAUCUGCUUAUCGACGACUCAUGAGAAAUUUCAAUUUGCAUUUGAAAAAAUAAAAAUUCUAUUACGCUGAUUUUAUACGCACAACAGCACGAGCCGUAUGCCUACGUGGCUUUGAAUCCGCGGUUGAUGAAGGAAAAAUUCAAGCAGAAAUCGGUCUCUACCUUCAAGGCCGUCACGGGGAAGGCGCCCGAGCGGGGCAACAAAGCGAAGAAACUGCAGGUGAAGAAGAAAGGGAACAAAAAAUCGAGGAAAAGCGGCAAGAAGAACAAAAAGUAGUGUCUGUUGUGUACAGCAACAACUUUUCUGAUGAUGCAGGACAAAGAUCAUUAUCCUCGGGAUUUGUACUUCCAUGUACGUACGGAUAAGCCACACGCAGGAAAUAUAAAAGCAUUUAUCAAU